UGGCGGUCGAUCAAAACCCCAAAAAUUUCAUCCCCAAAUCCCUAACACAUUCUCCCUCACAAUCACAGAGACUUCAAGUUCCCAAUCUCAGAGACGAUUUCGCGUUCGUGUUCACGGACGAUCACAGAGAUUUCGAGUUCCCAAUCACAGAGAUUUCGAUUGUUCACCGACGAUGAUCUCUCUGUCGACGAGCGACGACGGCGUAGUACAACCCCUCUCUCUCGCGCGACCUCAGUUAACCUUGUGUUCUCUUAAUCGAUUGAUCCUCAAUCUCUCACUUUCGGCGUGAAUCAGCCUCCGGCAUAAAGAAGACAGUGGCGUGAAUCACUCUCCGGCGUCUCAGCUCUUCAGUGUCGAUCUCCUCUUCGGCGUUGGUCUCCUUGAAUAACAUCUCAUAUGAUCUAAGAAUAAGGGCUCAUCUAGUGAAGGUUCCACCACAUCAACUGUGCCUGCAACUAAGGCAAUACUCAAUCGAGUGGGCUACACCCUAGAGAUUAGCCAUGGCGUGCUAGUUGAAAUGGCAGAGCACAGGAAGGAAUUGGAGAAGAAAACAAAGCCCAUCCUUGAUACUUUGAGAAGCUACCAAGACUUGCCACCUGAUAAAGCUUUGGCGGCAUUAGCAAUUGAGGACAAGAAAAGGCAGUAUGCUGCUGCUGAGAAGUACCUUGAAGAUGUAUUGCAGUCAGCUCUUUCCACUACAGAAUAUUUUCGGAGUAGCAGUUUGUUUCUUAUGGAAUGCAGGCGUGUAAAGAUUAUGACUAACUUUUAUUUUUGUAACCCACGGAAGAAACAUGACGAAAAUUUUUGUUUUUGAUUUACGUUAUUUAGAUUUGUGAACAACAUUAUGUAUGUAUUAUGUAACAUUAUGUAUUGGGAUAAUUUUGUUGAUGUAUUGUUAUGAAUGGAAGAAUAUUUUAAUUA